AUGGCCACAGUAGUACCAUCACCACCGUCAGAUCCAUCAUCACUUGUAACAGCGGUAGUAAACAGUCGUUUUGUACACCAGAUUACCAGUUAUAUUGGACAUAUUCAACAAGCUCGUAUAAUUGACGAUUAUAAAAUUUAUUUAUAUAAACAUUAUGUUCUUGUUUUAAUUGGUUUUAUUGUUGCUCUUAUUGGUUUGAUUAAAUUACAAGUUCUUAUAUAUUCAUUGUUGAAGUUUAUAUUUAAAACUAUUUACAGCGUAUUUUCAUCUAUUUUUAUACGAUUUUUUUCAUCUUUGUUUUCAUUGAUAAUACCACAACGUAUCGAUCAUGAUAUUUUACUUCCACUAUUUUGGAUAUGUUCAGUAGUCUCGUAUUUCGGGACAAAACUUACACAUACAACCGUUUAUAAUUAUGUUGAAAAAUAUAUUAUUAAAAAAUUCUAUCCGAAUUAUGAUCUCAAUGAUGUGGAGAAGGUUGAACGUGCACAAACAUACGUCUGGCAACUAACAUUCAUAGUUUUCAUAUUAGUACAAUGUUUAUUUAUUCUAAUACCAUUAGCAUCAACAAUAUCGAGUCACAAACAGCAUAGUCUACAAGAAACACCGUUCACCACAGUCAAUUCUAUUGUUGAUAAAGUAUCCCAACAACAACAACCAUUACUAAAACAACAAAAAUUAGAUGAAGAUAGAAAGGAAACUGUUUUGAAGAAUAAAGUUAUCGAUAAAGUAUCAUCGUCAUCGAAUAAUAAUAUUAAUGAUAGAAAUAAUUCGAUUGGGAUAAAGUAUCUUAUACAAACAUUUAGUAUAAAUUUCUAUAAACGCUUUAUCAAUACAUUUUCUGACGUUACACCAACAACAGAAACUACGCCGCGAAAAACUCAGCCAUUGUUAUCGGAUGAAGAAUUGGUAGCUGGUGUUAAACAACUACAGCGUAAAAUUAAAGGCACUUUUUCCAAGUUUAAAGGUAAUUUACAAGAAAAAAUUGAUAAUAAAAAAGAAUCUGAUGACCAGGAAGAUGGUGAUGAUGAUGUAAACAGUUCGGAUGAAGAAGAUAAAAAUGUCUUAGUAGAAGAUGAAAAACAAGCAAACAAUUCAAAUUCUUCGUUGUUCAAUGAUUAUAUUCUUCAUUACAUCAAAGCACCAUUUCAAAAAUAUAAUAGUACAAAAAAUAAACAAAUAUCUGACGAACAUUAUAAAACUAAUGAAGAAGUAGAAGAAGAAGAGAAAAUAUUGGAUAAUGACGAUAAAUUAGCUCGAAUACGUGAAGUUGUUAGUCAGGAAGAUUUUGAUGACAAAGAAAAUGUACAAGAAUAUAUUGAAGAAAAAUUACAAUCUUUAAUACAAAAUUCAGCCAACGAAGACAGUGAAGAUGACAACGAUGAAAAAAGAACAACUAUUAGUGAACAUUUAACUAAAACAGUUAAAGAUAAACUUCAAAAUUUGAAAGAACAAACAAAUGAUAUAGAGGAAAAGGUUACUACAGUUAUUCCGCCAGUCACAAAAAUUGUUCAAAAACUAGAAGAAAAAAUUGGAAUAAAUGACGAGAGUGAUAAAUCUGACUCUGAAUCUGAUGACGAUGAUGAUAGUGAUGAUGACGAUGAUGAUAAAGAAAAAUCAUCUAUGUUAGAUAAUGUUAAAGAACAAAUAGAAAAAGUAAAAAAUAAUGUAGAAAAUACAGGUGAAACAAUAAAAGAAAAAUUAAAUACUGCAAAAGACCACAUUACAAAAUCAUCUGCAACAUCGAUAGUUGAUAAAGUGAAAGAAAAAAUUAUACCAGAAAAAAAUAUAAUAGAAAAUAUUAAAGAAAAAGCGAAUGAAUUUAAAGAGGAUGUCGUCAAAAUGAAAGAAAGUGCUCAAGAUGUAAAGAAAAAUAUUGUUAAAACCGUUCAAGAGAAAGUAAAACCACUUGUUCAUCCAUCAACGAAGAAAGAAGAAACUACACUAUCAAAUAUUGGUCAUAAAGUCAAAGAAAAACUAAAAACAACUGAAGAAGAGAUAACUAAAAAAAUUAAAAAAUUGACAAAAUCUGCCAGAGAAAAAGAAGACGAGUCCAUUUUUGACACAGUAAAACAUAAAGCAAAAUCAUUAAAAAAUUCAUUUACACAAGAAAAACCAAGUAUGGCAAAAAGAGUGAAAGAAAAAUUGAAAAAUGUGAUUAAAUCAGAUAACGGUGAUCAAGCAAAUAAAUCAUCGAUUCUAGAAAAAGUGAAAGACAAAAUUCAAUUGCUAAAAACACCAGAAGAAAAGCCAAAUAUUAUUGAAAAAGUAAAAAAGAAUGUUAAUCAAUUAUUGAAACCAGAUGAUGAUGAUCCAUCAUUACUCGACAAAAUACAAAAUAAAGUUAAAAUUAUUGAAGAUCAUAUUCUUUCUACAUCAACAACAGAAGAGCCAACGACAAUUGAUAAAGCAAAAAAAUUUAUUAAAAAAUCAUUGAAUAUGGCAGAAGAAGAAAAAAAUGAGGAGAAAAAAUCACUAUUUAAACAAUUCAGUGAUAAAGCAUGGGAUAUAUGGCAUCAAUCAAAACUUGAUUUUGAACAUUUAUUUUUUCCCACAACAUUUUCUUAUGAACCAUUACCGAAUACAACUAAUUUAUAUACAGCUUAUACUGACUUGAAAUGUUUUAAUUAUACAAAACAACGUUAUGGACUAUCGAAAAAAUCGCAUAAAAAAUUUUUAAAUAAAUAUCGUCGUUAUGUACCCUUUGAUAUUUAUUUGGAUUUAAUACAAACAAGUGGUCCCGUAUGUUAUUUAAAUUAUAAGAAUAGUUCAUGUGCAUUUGGUAUAAAACAUCAAGGUUUUAAAACAACUUUGAAAAAAAUAAUUCGUUUUUGGUUUGUUAUUUGUCUCUUUAUUGGCAUUAUUGCGUUAGCUUUAACAUUUAAACGUAAUAGACAAGAACAAUAUACUUCAUAUUCAUUUACCGAAACAAGACAUUAUAACGAAUCAAAUGAUAAUAAUGGAAGUCAUAGUGGUGGUAGGAUUAACGAUGAUGAAAGAUCUCAACAAAAUAAACAAUCAUCACGAGAUACAUUUCAUGAUGCAUCUAAUGAAUUUAAUCAUCGUGAAAUCUUUACUACAUCUACAAAAACACCGAUACAACGUUCGAAUAAUAAUAAUAAUAUUAAUAAUGUAGACGAGGAAAUAAUGAAACAUUUAAGAUUAUGGCUUAAACGAGAACAAGAUACAAAUUAUGGUUAUAUUAUUGAUAAAUGUAACCAUGCAUUAAACGAUGCUAGUCAUCAAUUAAAAACAGUUCAACAGUUGACGUUUGAAACAUUACAGUUUUCAAAUGCUAAAAUAACGAAUGUUUCGAAAGAAGACUCAGAACCAACAUCAUCUAAAGAAAUGAUUACGAUAAAAUGUUGGCUUGAAUUGGAGAAACUUGUCAUCAAUGUCCUUCACAAAGACCGGCGAUAUACACUUGAAUCACCAAAGUUAACGGGUCAGCUUAUUCUUGCUCUUACUGUGCAUUCUCGUCAAUAUUCAAUCGAUGCUGUAUUAAAAGAAUUACAAACAAAUUUAAAAAUUGUUAAGCCAAAUAAUAAUGUCACGUUGAAUGAAAGAAAUUCGACUGAACGUACAGUUCUAGUUUGUAUUCAUGAAGCAACUGCACGAUGUACAUUUCAAAUAUCGGAUAACGAUGUUGUAACAACACCAUUAUCUACAUCAUCGGUGUCAGAUAAAGAUAAGUCUUACUCAGCAUUAUCUCCAUUGGAUAAUUCAGAUAGUUCCGUCUGUGACAAAUCAAUAACUACAAGUAUUUCUGAAACACAAUCGAAAAUUAUCGAUAAAGAUAGAUGCAAUAAUACACCAAAAAUUGUUCCCAAGGAUCCUGAUUUCAAUUAUAAAAAAUCGACUACAACAAAACAACUACAACGGAAUGACAGUAUAUCACAAAAGAAACUACUUGUACGAAUUGGAAAAGCCAGUAAUCUACAUGAUGCUAACGAACUUUAUUGUACAAUGGAAUUAAAUCAUCCAAAGCAAAUCCAUAAAACAUUGGUCGAAAAAGCACCAAAUCCAAAAUGGAAUGAAAAAUUUUACUUUGAUUGUGAUGAAAAAAGUAAUGAAAUUACAAUACGUAUUAUUGAUCGAAAAGGGAAGAAAGUGUUGCUCGAACAUCUCUAUGCUGAGAUCGCCAUACCAUUUCAUUAUGUAACAAGUAUGGUUUAUAAACAAGAUGUUAUAAUUAAUCCAAAUCGUCCAAAUAGUAUCAUUCGAGUCGAAAAAUCUGAUCAAGCAAGAUUAGCAAGCGAUGUAAAUCAUAAUUAA